GCUGCGCGCAGGGCCGGCCUCCGCGGGUCCCCGCGGUCAUUGGCUCGGCGCGGUUUCCUUGGGGACGUGGCGCCGCCGGCGGCCAGGCCUCCUUCCGGCUGUGCUGGGAGACACGGGGAACCGCUGAGGGCCAGGCCGGACCGUGCAGAGGGACGAGCGGGCCUCGGGAUCCCGCUGCAGCCCUAAGAGAUGCCGGGGACUAGGAGGCCACCCUCUCAGGGCAAAAGGAAAAGGAGGUGACAGACGUCUAGACCGCUGAAGGGAACUCAUGGCUAGGAUCAGUUUUUCCUACCUCUGCCCAGCCUCCUGGUACUUCACCGUGCCCACAGUGAGCCCGUUUCUCCGUCAGCGGGUAGCAUUCCUGGCACUCUUUUUUAUACCCUGUCUCCUUUUGCUUCUACUAAUCAUGGAUUUACGACGUUGGGGCACUUCGUUACCACGAGAUAGGCAGUACGAGAGGUAUCUGGCUCGGGUAGGAGACCUGGAAGCCACCAACACGGAGGACCCAAACCUGAAUUACGGACUCGUGGUGGACUGUGGGAGCAGUGGCUCCCGGAUUUUUGUUUACUUCUGGCCAAGGCAUAAUGGGAACCCCCAUGACUUGCUGGACAUCAAACAGAUGAGAGACCGAAACAGCCAGCCCGUGGUUAAAAAAAUCAAGCCAGGAAUUUCCGCAAUGGCAGACACUCCGGAACAUGCCAGCGAUUACCUGCGCCCUCUGCUGAGCUUCGCCGCUGCUCAUGUCCCCGUGAAGAAGCACAAGGAGACCCCCCUUUAUAUCCUCUGCACAGCGGGCAUGAGGUUGCUCCCCGAGAGGCAGCAGUUGGCUAUCUUGGCCGAUUUGGUGAAGGAUUUGCCGUUGGAGUUUGACUUCCUCUUUUCCCAGUCUCAGGCUGAAGUGAUCUCUGGGAAGCAGGAAGGAGUUUAUGCGUGGAUUGGAAUCAACUUUGUUCUGGGAAGAUUUGACCAUGAAGAUGAGUCAGACGCUGACACUUCCCUGGACUCAGCAGCAGGACGCAGGAGGACGGUGGGGAUCCUGGACAUGGGAGGAGCCUCUCUACAAAUCGCCUAUGAAGUUCCUACCUCGACUUCUGUCCUUCCUCCCAAACAGGAAGAAGCUGCCAAGAUCCUGCUGGCUGAGUUCAACCUGGGCUGUGACGUGCAGCACACGGAGCAUGUGUAUAGGGUUUACGUCACCACCUUUCUGGGCUUUGGAGGCAAUUUUGCCCGGCAGCGCUAUGAAGAGCUUGUGCUGAAUGAAACACUUACCAAAAACAGAUUGCUGGGCCAGAAGACAGGCCUGAGUGCUGACAAUCCAUUCCUGGACCCGUGCCUGCCUGUGGGACUCACGGAUGUUUUGGAGAGGAACAGCCAGGCCCUGCAUGUCCGGGGGAAGGGAGACUGGGCCACCUGUAGGGCCAUGCUGAGCCCCCUGCUGGCCCGCUCCAACACCAGCCAGGCCUCACUGAAUGGCAUUUACCAGUCGCCAAUCGACUUCAACAACAGCGAGUUCUACGGCUUCUCGGAGUUUUUUUACUGCACAGAGGAUGUGCUGCGCAUUGGUGGCCGCUACCACGGGCCAACGUUUGCCAAGGCUGCUCAGGAUUACUGUGGCAUGGCUUGGUCGGUGCUAGCGCAGAGAUUCAAGAACGGCCUCUUUUCUUCACAUGCAGAUGAGCAUCGGCUCAAGUAUCAGUGUUUUAAGUCAGCUUGGAUGUACCAAGUCCUGCACGAGGGGUUCCACUUCCCCUACAACUACCCGAACCUGCAGACGGCACAGCUGGUGUACGACCGGGAGGUGCAGUGGACACUGGGAGCCAUUCUGUAUAAAACCCGAUUCCUGCCACUCAGGGACCUUCGGCAGGGAGGUGUCCGGCAGGCCCACGGCAGCUGGUUCCGGCUCUCCUUUGUCUACAACCACUAUCUCUUCUUCGCUUGUACCAUGGUGGUGCUGCUGGCCAUCGUCCUGUACCUUCUGCGAAUCCACAGAAUUCACCGCCGGCAAACUCGUGCCUCAGCUCCGCUGGACCUGCUGUGGAUCGAACGAGCGGUGCCGAUGAUUGGGGUGCAGGUGGGGCCGUGAGGCCCUAAGGCCGGACCGGGUUGGAGAAACAACAGUUCUUAGGCGUGCUGCUGCUUCCUGAACUCUGCUCUCCUGAACUGGCCUCAAAUGCCGCUUUGGCCUGGGAAUUUCUACUUUUUCACCUUAAUUUCUUUUUUGUGGUGCCCAGGACGGGACCUCUUCUCAGAAGCCGUAAUUGAAUCUGCAAGGAUCUAAAUGGCGAGAGGCCGGUGCUCUCACAGGGGACUUAGCUCAAAUGAAGCAUGCUUCUCCUUUAUCUCAGAAAUCUGGUAUGUUUCUGGGAUGUAGCGUUUUUUUCCUCCCCUUGCGGAAGCAAGUUUUCAGUUGGGCAAAACCAGCUUGUAUUGACUGAUACAAAGCCAGAGCCAUUCCAGCAAGGGCGUUGUCCCUGCUUUCUCUGUAACAGAGAGAUUCUUCUGUGGAGAUCCACAGCCUUGAAUAGGGACCCAAGAUCUUGGAGGUUCAGUGGACCAGGAUUUCAAGGCAACCAAAAUGAUAGAAUUUCCUUGCUUAAUUGACAAGCCAUUGUGGGUGGGGUCGAAAAUCCCGGGCAGUGGUGCUGACUGAGAGGUUAUGUAGAUCUGAGCGGCUAGAGCCCCUUCUAAAUGAAUGCCUUCUUGAAGAUCUGACAGUAUUUUAUCUGGUACUUGGUUGGACCAGUAUAGAAAACAUUGCCAUCUCUGUGCCACAGACUGCUUGGGCAUCAGUGCUGCCUCUCGAGCCGUAAGUGUGCUCACAGAAUGGAGAGACUGUGAGGGGAACCGGGGGCCUGGGUUUGCCCGUCUGCAGUUUACUGUCUCACAGGCAUAGUAAUGUGCAGAAGACUCAAAGCCACUCCCCUCGUUUCACUGCUGAGCUCUUACAUGUAUUUCGGGAAGGGAUGGAUCUGUUUUGUUUUUUAAAAAUAGCAUCAGGAAAGUGGGCAAAGGCAAUACAAUCAAAGUUCUUUUUUUUUUUUUUUUUGGACACAGGAUCUAUGUAUCCCUGGCUGUCCUGGAACCUGCUAUGUAUGUAUGUAUGGUAUCCAUGUAGACCAGGCCUGCCUCUGCCUCAGAAGUGUUAGGAUUAAAGGCCUGAGCCACCACGCCUGGCUUGAAGUCAAAAGUUAUUACUUAUUUUUGGAAUGCUUUACAGAUAGUAAAUUCUAAACUAGAUAAAUCUGCCGUGGAGCAACCUGGCCACUUUCUGGAUGUCUGAAGGAAUAGCUCUUCCACUGUGGGAAGAGGAAAGCCAUAUGCACCACGUUCUCACCCGCUGCCUCUCAGAAAGCGGCUUCUCUGCAGCCAGCCUUUGAGCUGCACACUGUCAGUGUUCAGUAACUCCUGCCUGCCCCAAGAACUCUUUACUUUCUGAAGCAAACUGUGAGGGGCCUGCCUGGGACUGCUCUCAGGGUUGAAGUAGCAGCUUGAUUUCUUCUUUUGGGAGAGUAAGGCAGGUCUCAUGAGCCCAGUUUUCCAGGUAGCCAAGGCUAGCCUCGAACUCCUGACCUUCCUGCCUCCAUCUCUUCAAAAGGCUGAGUUUGAAAGAAUGUACCACCAGGCCUGGCUCAUUUUUCUUCUAAUUUUGCCAAAGCCUUUUAUUUCUAGGGUUAGAAUAGAGAAGAAAAAAACAAAUCUAAAGGAUAAAAGUGGAUUUUCUGGAAAAUAAAUUCCAUACUGGGAACAGAAAAAAAUAAAAUGCUUUAUGAAUAGAGAAAAAAAUUAAGAUGGCCCUUGGGAUAAGCCAAGGUGAAGAUACUGUACUGACUGUUAGGCAAGUUCUGAAUGAUUUUCUUUCUUUUUUUUUUUGAAGCAAGGUCUCACUGUAUAACCCAGGCUGGCCUGGUACUCAGUGAUCCUCCUGCCUCAGCCUUCUGAGUGCUGUGCCUGUAGGCACAUGUGCGCAUUAGAGAAGUGUACAUCCAGCAAUGAUUCUUCUACGUUGACAUCUUUACUUUUCACUAGACUGUGUCAUGGACAGUUCUUCUCAACGUUAAGACUUCCCAGCUGUCCCCCUUCUCUUCCAUUCUAAUGUUUAUAUCCUGUGAGUGAGGCUUUGUGUGUGUGUGUGUGUUUUAAUUCUACUUUAAGAUGACAAAAAUGUUCUUGCUAGCCAUUUGCCUCCUCAGGGAACUUUUCAUUUCAUCAUGGUUUCUAUAUGCCAGUCUUGGUGUUGUUGAGAACAGAAGUUCCUCAGUGGGUAACAGUGUGCGAAUUUGUGUGCUCAGAUGAACCUGGAGGAGGGAGGGGGGUUAACUAGCCCAGAUUGGAAGCUGUCGUUACAGACCUUGCUCUUUGCCCUGAUGGUACUAGUAGCUACCAUUUGUCGAGCACUUACCUUGUACCACUCUUAAGAACUUUGUAUGUGUUCUUUGUGUAUUAUUGCAUCAUUAUGGCAGCCUUGCAGAUUGAUAGCCCUACAGUCUUCUUACAGUUGAAAAACAAAGCUCAGGAUGCUUAUCUUUAUCAUUUCUCAAUAUAAAUAUAUUUCUUAAUUUAUUUUAAUUAGUCUUCAAGUUUUUGUUUGGUGCAUUAUAUCCUGUGUACCGUUUUGAUAUUACGGGGUCCAGAUUUACCUUUAUUAUCAUAAGACAUCCCAGCAUUCCACAGGUUAAGAACAGAAAGGGACACUGUUGUGGUUGAGGACCGAGCAUUUCUGUCUUGACUGAUCCCUGGACACUUCCUCACUCCCAUUGGGUAGGCUUCAGAUGGAAUUUCAUUAACCAAGUCUUCAGUGCAUCUUUUUUAUUAUCUUUUUUUCUCUCUCUCACAGUUACGCAAUUGGCUUACCUUUGCACAAUUUUUUCUUAACCAUAACAUUCUAAUAAUAAAAAUCUGAAUGAAGGUUCAGAUGCCCAAUAGAGAUAUCUACCUCAUUAUAGAAGUUGGUCGUGAUUCUUGGGAAGUUUCUAGACUGGGAUGUGUAUGCGACUUCAUUUUAGCUUGGCCAGGAAUUACGUAGGAGGAGCAGUGGCUUCGAGUAGCAGUAGUCUUUUAAUUUGGUCUCUUAGUUGAUGCUUAGCCUCAGUCUUGCUGCCAUGCUCAUGAAGAUUUUGUUGGUAUCAUAAAAAUUAGUAUGUUCUAAAAUGAGGAAUCAAAACCAAGUUUUGGCACCUUGGACUAACAAUACAGAAUAACAAGUAUUUUUGUGAACAAUGAUUGCAUCUGACAUCAAAUUCUUUUAGGUGAUGUUCUGUAUUGAGCAUGGCUCUGUCUUUGGCCUCCAUUACUUCCUUAACUUGCCUCUGAUCUAACUGGAAAAGUGACUGCACCCGGCUUGGGUUCCUGUGGACCCGGGGUUUGUUUCUGUGGGCAGCUUGUUGGGGCUCUUUGGCCGGCUUUGUCUUGUUUUUCCCCAGUAGGCUGUCACUGAAAUGAAUGUUUCACAUAUUCCCGCUGCCCUAGUAGUUCAUUAUUUUUGUUUGUUGAUACUACUGUAGAGGGACAGGAGCCAGCAGACCAUUUUGCUUUUUGAAAAUCUGAGCCCCCUUUUAUAUUGAAAAAUGGAAUUAAUGCUCACACUACAAGGGCUUCCAUGUUUUUUCAAAUGUGAGCAGAUCAUUGCUUCUAUUUUUUCUUGUAAGAACCAGAAUUGAAAAUGUUCUGAUGUUUAGUCAUGCGUGUGUGACUUUGAAACAAACUUGAAGAUGUGUCUACUCCCAAGGCACUUCCUAAAGCAAGACAACUGAUAGAUAUGCCACCCCCAAGUGCCUGCUAGGCCGCACACUCUAUUGUGUUACUGUCCAUUUACUGUCAGGAAGUACCCGAGAUCUUUUAUAUAAAGAGAAAGGGUUGUUUGAGUCACAGCUUUACAGGUUCAACUCAAUCGUCAGGUGUCCCUUUUGCUUUGAGCCUGUGAUGACGUGUGCAUUGCAGCAGGCAUGUAUAGCUCAGCUCAUGACCCGGAUACAAGAGGAUGAAUUUAGGAGUCUCACAUAUCCUCCGGUGACCUAAAGACCUAUGAAGCUAUGCAAGGGUCCCACCAUCCCAUUGUCAGCAUGGGGACCAAGCCUUUAACACACAAGCUCUUGGAGAACAUUCCACAUCUAAACUACAGAACAACUUGAGGGCAGUCCUGGACAGUUCCUAAGCAGCCCACCCACGGAGCCAUUCCCUGAGUUUGGCUUCACUGGUCAUGAAACUUACUAGCUUCUCAAGUCCGUCUCUGCCAGCAGGAUCCUAAGUACCGUGACUGCUGGUACACCUGGUUCAAGUUCUCCUUCCACACUUUCUAUUUAGUUGAAGCUCUGAAGUAUGCCACGUCUCCUCCAUGAUUUCUGCCACCAGUGUGGUCUCUGCAUCCUCUGUGAUUUCUGCCACCAGUGUGGUCUCUGUGUCCUCCGUGAUUUCUGCCACCAGUGUGGUCUCUGCCGUGCCUUCAGCAUCUGUCCACUGUGAUCCACAGCCAAGUGUUCACACGUUAAGGACAAAGGCUGCUGACCACCCCACUGUAGGUGGCUGAGACACAGGCUGCUGGGCUGCCCUGCUUCGGGUAGCUACAAGGCUGCACUUCGCUUCACAUUAAGUAAGAAUGUUGUCAGCCACGUGGCAGAAAAGAGAAUUUUAUGGAAUUCUUAAAUUUCAUGGAAUAAUUAAAAUUCUGAUAAACAUGAAGUUCUAGUAAAUGUGCAAUGUGCUGGGGUGACGAUGCAGUUGCCCGGAUGUGGAGGCAUAGCUCUGCAUUGCAUACGCCUAUAUAUAACCCAGGACCAGAAAGAGGGCCGCAGGUAAACUGGCAUUCUGAAAUCAUGCUUGUCCCCGUUGGUCUUUGGUGGGAAGUAGUAGCCCUGCCACAGCAGACGUGUAUCUCAGUGGAGGUUAAAGACACACGUGGGCCAGCACCACAGCUCUGCAGCUUGAAGCACUUGCCACACAUCUGACAAUCAGAGGUUCACCCCAGAACCCACACAGAGAUGGAGGGAGAGAGCCGACUCACAGGACUUGUUGCCUGGUCUCUGCAAGCAUGUACAGUACAUACCCCGUCAUAUACAUGCACACACAGUAUGUAAAUUCUUAAAAAGGUUAAAUGAUGUCAUAAGAGUUAUGGCCUAAUCAAUCACCUGAGGCUGGCAAAAGGAAAAAAAUUAAAUCCUGGGUUAGCUGAUUGAAAAUACAUGUUUAAUUACCUUUAUAUUUAAAAGCAAUUGACAACUGUUGACAGACUGUUGAAAACAUUAAAAGGCAUUUAUUUAA